GGAAAUAUUGCCAGUAAGAGAGAGCAAGCUAGGAAUCCCUAUUGGAGCCCAGUUUUACUCACAGAGAGGUAGCUAGCUCAAUCAGAAGACGCAAUGGCCAUGUUCUCUAUGCAGCAUUCAUGGGUUUUCACCUUUGGAAUUCUAGGCAAUAUUGUCUCCUUCAUGGUGUAUCUUGCUCCAGUGCCAACAUUUCACAGGAUCGUAAAAAAAAAAUCGACUGAAGGGUUCGAGUCACUCCCCUACUUGGUUGCACACUUCAGUUCUGUGCUGUGGAUUUACUAUGCUUGCCUCAAGUCUAAUGCCUUCCUUCUCAUGAGCAUCAACUCUGUUGGCUGUGUUAUAGAGACCAUCUAUAUAGCCUUAUACAUCGCUUAUGCGCCAAAGAAAGCCCGGAUGUAUACCUUGAAGCUGCUCCUUCUGUUGAACUUUGGAGGGCUUUUCACAAUUGUUGUCUUGUCCCACUUCUUGGCAAAAGGAUCCUCUCAAGUCCAUGUACUUGGAUGGGUCUGUCUUGUGUUUUCAGUUUGUGUAUUUGUGGCACCCUUGAGCAUCAUGAGACAGGUGAUAAGCACAAAGAGUGUGGAGUUCAUGCCAUUUUCCUUGUCACUUUGCCUUACACUGAACGCAGUUAUGUGGUUCUUCUAUGGGCUACUGGAGAGAGAUAUUUAUGUUGCACUUCCAAACAUUUUGGGAUUUGCGUUUGGGCUACUGCAAAUGGUUCUUUAUCUGUUCUACAAGAACCACAAGAGACUAGCCUCACUGGAAGAGCAGAAGCAGCUGCCAUCCGUUGUUAUUAUGAAGCAAUGCCCCACCAUGGCUGCUGACGUACACCCAAAAUCCUCCCCAGAAAACAAAUUAGAGGCUCAUCAUGAAGAUCAUCAUCAGAAUCUGCAACUGGAAGGUGAACGCAGCAAGCAUGGAGAGAGGAUGGAUGCAUCUGAUCAAGUUUAAUAUUUAGUCAACUAGCUAGACCCUAAAGGCGUCAGCAGUACUACUGUUCAAUUUUCUUUCAUUACUAUGUGUACGUAAGGGUGCUAUGGUUUCUUGUACAUUAAUUUCAAUCUACCAAGGUUUGUAUACGUGGAGAAGUUCUCUGACUUCUAAGCUAAUGAUAGAGACCUUGUUUUGCUGUCA